GGGUAGAACAGUUACUGCAAUCAUAAAGCUCCACCUAGCGGAUGUCUGAAUCACGUGAUCAUCCAACAUGGCGUUGCCUCAGCCUCUUGUUCACCAAAUAUACUAAAGAUUUCUGAACUAAUUCGUUUAUAGGAGUAUUUUGGACACUUCCAAACACAAGAUAUCCAAACACAAGAAGAUGAAGCUGCGCGUGCAGUUACAAUGCAAGAACCUCCACGAAUAUCUAAAAGAGUUAAGUCCCACUAUCUUGGACAAACUGUACAACCACCCUGCCACAUGUCUGGCAGUUUACAGGGAGCUCCCCCCAUUGGCAAAGAAUUAUGUGAUGCGGAUGCUGUUUCUAGAUCAACCACUUCCCCAGGCGGCCUUGGCUUUGUGGGUUAAGAAAGACAGUCAAAAGGACCAUGAUGAGUGUGUCUCGGUUCUGUCAGGGCUCCGACUCUGCCAUACCCAACAGCUCCAGGGAGGCCUGCAGGGGAACAUCCUGAACCCCAUAUUCAAAGACAACCUGAGGAUAGCGCUACUGGGAGGGGGCAGAGCGUGGGCCGACCAGGGGGACAGCCUGGGUCCUGACAGACAUGCGCGGGACGUGGAGAGCCUGGACAAGUACGCCCUGGAGCGCUGGGAGGUGAUCCUGCACUUCAUGGUGGGCUCGCCUAGUGCUGCUGUCAGCCAGGAUCUGUCCCAGCUCCUCAUUCAAGCUGGCCUCAUGAGAGCUGAGGUUGGCGACGCUCCCUGUAUCACCUCUGCUGGUUUCCAGUUCCUUCUCCUGGACACUGCCUCCCAGCUCUGGUACUUCACCCUACAGUACCUCAACACGGCGCAGACUCGUGGGAUGGAUCUAGUGGAGAUCUUGUCCUUCUUGUUCCAGCUUAGUUUUUCCACAUUAGGCAGAGAUUAUUCUGUGGAAGGAAUGAGUGAGUCCUUGCUUACAUUCCUUCAGCACCUCAGAGAGUUUGGCCUCGUGUUUCAGAGGAAGAGGAAGUCCAGGCGGUACUACCCCACCAGGCUGGCCAUCACCCUGUCCGCCGGCACCACCGCCAACUCCUCCUCAGCCACGGGCGUGGUCCCUGGGACGGGAGACUCGGGUUUCAUCGUCGUGGAAACCAACUAUCGCCUGUACGCCUACACAAACUCUGAGCUGCAGAUCGCCCUGGUGGCUCUGUUCAGCGAGUGUCUCUACCGCUUCCCCAAUGUGGUGGUGGCUCAGGUCACCAGGGAGUCGGUACAGCAGGCCAUCGCUAACGGCAUCACUGCACAGCAGAUUCUCCACUUCCUAAGGACCAGGGCUCAUCCUGUCAUGUUAAAACAGAACCCAGUGUUGCCCCCCACCAUCACAGACCAGAUCCGACUAUGGGAGCUGGAGAGAGAUCGACUCCAGUUUACUGAGGGAGUGCUGUAUAACCAGUUCCUGUCCCAAGCUGACUUUGAGGUGCUGCGGGAUCGAGCUCAGGGUAUGGGCUGCCUGGUGUGGCAGAACGUAACUCAUCGUGUCAUGGUGGUGUCGCCCCAGGGACACAGCGAAGUCAAGAGGUUCUGGAAACGACAGAAAAGUCACACGUGAUGACAGACGAGAGCGACGGGAAGUGAGGCGAGAGAUGGAGGGGUGAUCUUGCUUUCUGUGACGGAGGGACAUUUUUUUGACAGUUCUGUUUAGAUGAUCCUCUGAAGGGGAGCUCUGGUGAGAAUGCAGGAUCUUCAAAGGGCACAGCAAUGCGAGGACUCCAGCCAUGCCCGAUGUGCUCUCGUCCUCUGUGGUUGUCGUCGGGCCAAACACGAUUGGCAUAAUUUGAAAUGGAGUUCGCGAGAGAUUUGUGCGCCCCCGGGGUUACAAUGACUGUAAAUGGAGCGAGCGAGUAGCUUGGACUUCUGUUAGUGAUUCAGUCCAUGUGGUUCACUUGGUGGGCAAACAAAAUAUUUUGAAGAAAUUUGUGUUUCUGAUUGAUACCUGUAAUUGUAAGCAAUUUCCAGCAAGCUCAUAUGUUAAUUGUUUUCACAGGCAAAAAUAUGGAAAUUGGGAAUUUUACAAUCUUGGGCUGACAUCAUGCAAUGCAUUUUCAAUAUUAAAGCAAAUCUGUAUACAUUGUU